UAAGCCCGCGUGGUUAGAUACUUGUUCGAUACUUACCUUGUGACCUGACGCAAAUUUGUUAAGUAAAGUUUUGCUGCGCAGGAAGCAGAAUAUUUCAUUCCUUUUAACGAAUCAUGGCUGAUGAUGCGGCUAGAAAGCUGCAGUUCGAGUACAAGAUCAACUCUAACCUAGUACUUUCAACGGAUCGGUCACUGAUAGAUAGACGUCCUAGAGAUGAGUCAACUGGUGAAGUGUUAAGCCUAGCUGGAAAAAUCCGUGUGCAGGAAAUGGGACACAAAUCACAGAGAACGAAACCACCCAUGUUACAGGAAAAACGAGCAAAGCGUCAAAAACGUGAUGAAACGCAACAGGACUCUUUAAAAUUGAAAGGGGGCAGUUUACUAAAUGAUGACUUUGAUGACAUAGCAGGCAUUAUAUACCGCCCGAAGACACCUGAUACUCGUAAAACCUACGAAUAUAUCCUGCAUUGCAUUCAGGAGGCUCUUGGUGAUCAGUCACGGGAAAUAUUGUGUGGUGCAGCAGAUGAAGUUAUAGCUACUUCCAAGAAUACUCAUUUAAAAGAUAAGGAAAAAAGAAAAGAAACAGAGUCGUUGUUGGGUCCUCUUGUUGAUGAACGGUAUAACAUAAUUGUAAACUUGUGCAAGAAAAUUACAGACUGGAAAGAGGAAGAACCUGCAUCCUCAACAAAUCCUAAUUUCAAUGAUAGUAUUGAUCAAACUUAUGGUGUAAAUGUCCAGUUUGAAGAGUCUGACCAUGAGGAUGAAGAGGAUGCUUUUGGUGAAAUUAAGGAAGAAGAAGACGAUGAUGAACCAGAAGGAGAUGAGGCUGCAGUAGAGAUGACUCUACAAUCCCGAAAAAAUGAAUCACUUAGUACUACUCAUCAAAAUACUGAAAGUCUACAUCCUCGUGAUAUUGAUGCAUUUUGGUUGCAGCGUAAUCUCGCUAAGCAUUGUAAGGAUCCAGUACUUGCUCAGGCUAAAGCUCGUGAGUGUUUGGAUAUUCUUCAGUCAGCUGCAGAUGACAGAGAAUUAGAAAAUCGUCUAGUUCGUGCUUUGAGUUAUGAACAGUUUGAUUUUGUUAAAAUUCUGCGUAAACAUCGUCUCAUGAUUUUACAUUGUAUCUUACUGGCUCAAGCACAAACUACACAAGAACGUAGUCAAUUAGAAGCAAAAAUGCGUAGUGAUCCUGUACUAGCUAAAGUUUUACAUGAAUUAAGAGAAACAGAAAAUUCAACAGAUCUUAUCGCUGAAGAACGUCAAAGAAAGAAUGUUCAGCGUGUUGUUCGCGUUCAAGCUGAUAUGGAGCAAGAGAAUAUGGAAGAUGAAGGAAUUCAAUUGUCUGAAGAUGGUGCUAUCGGCGUGGCAAAUAUUGUUGACUUAGAAGGUUUAGCCUUCUCUCAAGGUGGACACUUAAUGGCUAAUAAAAGAUGUCAAUUACCUGAUGGUUCAUUUCGUAAACAGAAAAAAGGUUAUGAAGAGGUGCAUGUACCAGCUUUACGUCAAAAGACUUUAGAAUCAGGUGAAACUUUAAUAAAAAUUGAAAAACUUCCUGCUUAUGCACAAGCUGCUUUUGAAGGCUGUAAAACACUCAAUCUUAUACAGAGUAAAUUAUAUCAUGCUGCUAUGGAGACGGAUGAAAAUUUACUGCUAUGCGCUCCAACUGGUGCUGGAAAAACAAAUGUAGCCUUAUUGUGUAUUAUGCAUGAACUUGGCAAAUUCAUUAAUCCUGAUGGAACAAUUAAUAAAGAUGAAUUUAAACUAAUAUACAUUGCUCCUAUGCGAUCAUUAGUACAAGAAGUUGUUGGAAAUUUUAACAAGUUGUUAAGCAGUUAUGGUAUUAAAGUUGAUGAAUUAACAGGUGAUCAUCAGCUUAGUCGUGAACAAAUCUAUGAAACUCAAGUAAUUGUUUGUACACCAGAGAAAUGGGAUGUAAUCACUCGUCGUGGUGGUGAUGAACGCGCCUACAUACAAUUAGUUAGACUGAUUAUUUUUGAUGAAAUUCACUUACUACACGAUGAUCGUGGUCCAAUACUCGAGGCGAUUGUUGCACGAACAUUACGUGCUGUAGAAAGUACAUCUGGAAUAAUUACAUCUAAUGAUAUUGGAGGUGGUGGUGGUGUACGUCUUGUUGGAUUAAGUGCAACACUACCGAAUUAUGAAGAUGUAGCAACAUUUCUACGAGUGGAUUGUUCAAAAGGUUUAUUCUAUUUUGAUAAUAGUUACCGCCCUGUACCGUUAGAACAACAAUAUAUUGGAAUAACUGAAAAGAAAGCUGUAAAACGUUAUCAAAUAAUGAAUGAUAUUGUCUAUGAUAAAGUGAUGGAACACGCUGGACGUAAUCAAGUAUUAAUAUUUGUGCAUAGUCGUAAAGAGACUGGGAAAACAGCACGUGCUCUGAGAGAUGCAUGCUUAGAAAAGGACACACUUGGUAUAUUUAUGAAAGAUAAAAAUGCCUCUGCAGUUGUAUUACGUCAAGAAGCUGAACAAGUGAAAAAUCUUGAACUGAAAGAUUUACUCCCAUAUGGUUUUGGUAUUCAUCAUGCUGGUAUGAGUCGUGUUGAUCGUACUCUAGUUGAAGAUUUAUUCGCUGAUCGGCAUAUACAAGUUUUAGUCUCUACUGCCACAUUAGCCUGGGGUGUAAAUCUACCUGCGCACACAGUAUUGAUUAAAGGAACUCAGAUAUACAGUCCUGAAAAAGGUCGUUGGACAGAAUUAGGCGCUUUAGAUGUCAUGCAAAUGCUUGGACGUGCCGGGCGUCCACAAUAUGAUACAAAAGGUGAAGGUGUACUGAUUACCAAUCAUACAGAGUUACAAUAUUAUUUAAGUUUAAUGAAUCAACAACUUCCGAUUGAAAGUCAGCUGAUAUCACGUUUAGCUGAUUUAUUAAAUGCUGAAAUUGUCUUAGGCACUGUGACAACUAUACGUGAAGCAGUUACCUGGUUAGGCUAUACAUACCUCUACAUUCGUAUGUUACGUAAUCCAAGUCUAUACGGUGUACCGCAUGGUAGUGAAAAAAAUGAUCCAUGGCUUGAACAAUAUCGUCGUGAUCUAGUGCAUACAGCAGCUACAGAAUUAGAAAAAUCACAAUUAAUACGUUAUGAUCGACGUUCUGGGUGUUUACAGUCAACUGAACUUGGUCGAAUUGCAUCACACUACUAUUUAACACAUUCAACUGUAUUAUCCUACAAUAAACUCCUUCGACCUGGUUUAGGUGAAAUCGAAUUGUUCCGUGUAUUUGCUGCAAGUUCUGAAUUCAAAUAUAUGUCUGUUAGACAAGAAGAACGCUUUGAACUAGCCAAACUGCUUGAACGUGUACCAAUCCCGAUAAAAGAGUCGCCUGAAGAACCUUCAGCAAAAAUUAACUGUCUACUACAAGCUUAUAUAUCUGGAUUGAAAUUAGAAGGAUUUUCAUUAAUGUCUGAUAUGGUGUAUAUUACUCAAUCAGCUGGUCGACUUGUACGUGCAAUCUUUGAAAUUGUACUUCAUCGUGGUUGGGCUGAAUUAGCUGACAAUGCAUUGACACUAGCUAAAAUGAUUGAACGACGUAUGUGGGAGUCAAUGUGUCCAUUACGUCAAUUUAAAAAAUUGCCCGAUGAAGUGAUACGUAAAUUAGAGAAAAAAUCUAUACCAUUUGAUCGUCUUUACGAUAUGAAUCAUCAUGAAUUGGGUGAAUUAGUUCGACUGCCCAAGUUAGGUCGACCAUUGCACAAGUAUCUUCAUCAAUUGCCACGUUUAGAGAUGAGUGUUCAUGUUCAACCAAUCACGCGGUCAGCUUUACGCGUUGAAUUGACACUGACACCAGAUUUUAUGUGGGAUGAAAAACUACACUCAACCAAUCAAGCUUUUUGGAUAUUUGUUGAAGAUGUCGAUGGCAAUACUGUAUUACAUCAUGAAUUUUUUGUAUUGAAACAACGUUAUGCAACUGAAGAGCAUAUUUUACGAUUUGUCGUCCCAAUAUUUGAUCCUCUGCCACCGCAUUAUUAUAUAACAGCUGUAUCAGAUCGUUGGAUUGGCGGAGAAGUCACCUUACCAGUGUCUUUUAGACACUUAAUUCUACCCGAGAAGACAAUACCGCCUACAGAGUUACUGGAUUUACAACCAUUGCCAGUGACAGCUUUAAGAAAUAAAGACUUUGAAGCUCUAUACGCGGAUCGUAUUAAAGUCUUCAAUCCUAUACAAACACAGGUUUUUAAUUCACUAUACAAUUCCGAUGAAAAUGUUCUGAUAGCAGCUCCAACUGGCAGUGGUAAAACUGUUUGCGCUGAGUUAGCAAUAUUCCGUUUAAUAACUACACAUGCUAGUAGUGCAGGCAAUCAAUCAGAUUCCACUGCUGGUACAAACACUAACUUCCGGUGUAUUUAUGUUUUACCACCGCAUGAAGAACAAGUGGAACAGCGUUAUAUUGACUGGGCUAGUCGAUUCGGUGAGAAGUUAGGCAAACGUGUUGUUCGACUAACAGGUGAAACAUCAGUCGACUUGAAACUAUUAGCUCGUGGAAAUAUUGUAGUUACUACACCAGAACACUGGGAUGUACUUUCUAGACGAUGGAAACAACGUAAAAAUGUACAAAAUGUCAAUUUAUUUAUCGCAGAUAACUUGCAUUUAAUUGGUUCUGAAGGUGGUUCAAUCCUUGAAGUUGUCUGCUCAAGAAUGCGUUAUAUCAGUAGUCAAGUGGAUAAUCCAAUCCGAAUAAUUGGCUUAUCACACAGUCUUACAAAUGGUCGUGAUGUUGCCAGUUGGCUUGGUUGUUCAUCUAGUGCAACAUACAACUUUCCACCUACGACAAGACCAAUACCACUAGAAUUAACUAUAAUGCCAUUUAAUAUACCACAUCAAGCCUCUCGUCUACUGGCAAUGACUAAACCUGUUUAUCAAUUAAUAACACGAUUAGCGAUUAUUCCAAGUCCAACUGGUAGCUUACAGCAUACUCAGCGUAAGCCAACUUUAGUUUAUGUGCCUACUCGACGUCAAGCACAAAGAGCUGCACUUGAUUUAAUCACAAUGUUCACCGCUAGCAAUGCAAUAUCCUCAUCUAAAUUUCAAGUUAUUUCAGGCCACCUGGAAGAAGCAUUAUCUCGUGCUGCUGACCAGUUAACAGACAAAGCGUUAGCUGAAGUUAUUCGUCACGGCGGUGGUAUAGCUUAUAUACAUGAAGCUAUAACAAAACCAGAUCGUCGAUUAAUUGAAGUGUUAUUCGCUGCUGGUGCAUUGCACACUUUAGUUGUUUCACGUGCUCUGAUUUGGGCAGCAGCAUCACCAAAUCCCCUAUCUGCCUAUCUUGUCAUCGUCAUGGAUACUCAAGAUUACAAUGGCAAGAUUCACGCCUAUGAAGAUUAUCCAAUAGUUGAUUUAAUUGAGAUAUUAGGUCAUGCCAAUCGACCAAAUAUCGAUAGUGAAGCUAAAGCUGUAGUAUUAUGUCAAACAGGAAAAAAAGAAUUCUUGAAAAAAUUCCUACAUGAUCCAUUACCAGUGGAAUCACACUUGGAUCAUGCUUUACACGAUCAUUUCAAUGCUGAAGUUGUUACAAAAACUAUUGAAAAUAAACAGGAUGCUGUUGACUAUUUAACUUGGACCUUUUUAUAUCAACGUAUGACACAGAAUCCAAAUUAUUACAAUUUACAGGGUGUAACACAUCGUCAUUUGAGUGAUCAUUUAAGCGAACUAGUUGAAACAACUCUAAAUGACUUGGAAACAUCGAAGUGUAUAGCUGUAGAGGAUGGUAUUGAUUUAUCACCAUUAAAUCUUGGUAUGAUAUCAGCCUACUAUUAUAUUCAGUACAAUACUAUUGAAUUGUUCAGUUUAUCGUUAACAGCUAAAAUGAAAAUUCGUGGAUUAUUAGAUGUUAUAAGUAAUGCCUCAGAAUUUGAUGUUCUACUACCUGUAAGACAUCAUGAAGAUAUACUAUUGCGUCAAUUGGCUGCAAAAGUUCCACAGAAAUUAGCACCUAAAGCUAAAUUUUCAAGUCCACAUGUUAAAGCGAAUUUACUACUGCAAGCUCAUUUAUCACGAUUACAGCUACCAACUGAAAUGCAAACAGAUACAGAUCGUUUAUUGGGCUGUACUAUACGUUUAAUUCAAGCCUGUGUAGAUGUAUUGUCGAGUAAUAGUUGGUUAGGUCCAGCUUUAGCCGCUAUGGAAUUAUCACAAAUGUGUACACAAGCUGUAUGGCAUAAAGAUUCCUAUCUACGUCAAAUACCACAUUUCACUGCUGAACGUAUAAAUCAGUGUAAAGAGAAUAAAAUUGAAACUGUUUUCGAUAUUAUUGAACUUGAAGAUGAUGAACGUAAUCAAGUAUUGGAAGGAUUAACACAAGCACAAAUGGCUGAUGUAGCUAGAUUUUGUAAUCGUUAUCCAAAUAUUGAAAUCACUUAUGAAGUUGUCGCUAGCAAUGGAAAUAAUGCAACUAAAGCACCUGUUCGAAGUUAUGUUCUCUGACCUGGACAGUUUAGUUGUGAAAUCACAUCAACUUAAGGUAAAAUUUCAGGUCAAGGAAACGAACUCUCGUUACCUAUACAAAUGUGAACUUGAAGGGUGAGAAAAAACACAGAAAAACAACCAAUGACGAUCAAGGUUAUCAGGAGAGAUGACUAAUCAGUUUAAAAGUUCACUACCAAUUGAAGUAUGCGUUAAGGAUGUGUUGCCUAGUUAGGCGAUGGAAAGCUUCGCAAGUAAAUGAUCCAACUCAGAGAAUACGACUGCACCGAAAUUAUCCACUUGAGCUAUAAAUCUUCUCCAUUAUACUUUUGUAUUUCUUUGGUCGUUGAAAUCUGCUGGUUAAUAAUUAUUCUUUUUUACAAAGCGGUGAAACUUUAACUGUACAAGUCAGUUUAGAACGUGAAGAAGAUAACGUGGGUCCAGUAAUAGCACCGUUCUUCUCUCAACCUCGUGAAGAAGGUUGGUGGUUAGUAGUCGGUGAACAAAAGACCAACUCUCUAGUUGCAAUAAAACGUCUGUUUGUUUCACAGUCAAUGAAAGUUCGUCUAGACUUGAAUGCGCCUAGUCAUGCUGGUCGUCAUGAAUUCACACUGUUUUUCAUGUCCGAUGCAUAUAUGGGUUGUGAUCAAGAGUAUAAAUUCCAGGUGGAAGUACGUGAAUGAACUGAACCGAGGAUGGGUGCAAAGUAAGUAAAGUGUAGUGGGAUGGAAGCAAUAAAGGAAAAAAACAUAUUCUUGUUUAAAGAAAGAAACAUUUGACCUACACUCAUUGUGUGUGUGCGUUUUACUUCUUUCCCUUGUAUAUUUCCAUCGGAAAUGCAUUAUAUUUUUUUCUUCCCAUUUUGUAUUAAACCACUUUUUAUCCUUAUAUUAUUAUUGCUCCAAUAAUAAUAAUAAUAAUAUACUAUAUACACAUUUGUAACAAGUUUGUUUCCUUUAUUCUAUUUUAAAUACAUCCGUAAGAUAAUAAUUGUAUAUCAAUAAAACCGCC